AUGGCGGGGCGGAGAAGGAUAGGAGAGGAAAGAUUGUACUACAGUUCACCUGCGAUGAGAAAGUACAACCAGCAGCAGCAGCGAUUGAAGUUAGAGUCAAAAUCUUCAUCAUUACCCGAAAGGAGAGGAGUCGGGUCGGGUUCAGAUGAUGGAGCUGCUCCAUCAAAAACCAACUUGGAUCGGUUCUUGGAGCACACCACCCUUGCUGUUGUAGCUCAGCGUUUUCCUAAGAUGAGUGUGAGGAGAUGGAGAAAUUGUGAUAGUGAGCUCCACCCAUACUUCGUACUCAGUGAUCUUUGGGACUCUUUCAGGGAGUGGAGUGUAUAUGGAGCCGAAGUCCCGCUGGUUCUGAAUGGGAAUGAUUCUGUUGUCCAAUAUUAUGUGCCAUACUUGUCUGCUAUGCAACUAUAUGUAGAUCCAUCAAGCUCUUUGAUGGAGAUAAGGAAACCUGGAGAGGUAAGCGAUAUUGAUUCAUCCCAGGAGACAAAUAGUGAUGAUAGCAUUGACUGUGAAGCUGAUAGAGGAGCUAAUAAUACUAGGGGAACUUGGAACCAGCUGGACACCACAGGUCAAGGAUAUAACAGACUUCGAGUAAGAAACAAGCCUUUCACAGGAUUAUCAGUGGAUGAGGGCAAUGUUAGCAACCCUCCUGGUCAUCUUAUAUUCGAGCACUUGGAGCAGGAUCUUCCAUUUUUUCGUGAACCAUUAGCUGACAAGAUUUCUAUCCUUGCAUCUCGCUUUCCUGAACUGAGAACAUACCGAAGCUAUGAUCUGACUCAUGCAAGCUGGAUUUCUAUUGCUUGGUACCCCAUAUAUAGGAUACCCGUAGGCUCGACUCUGGAAAACAUCGAUGCUUGUUUUUUGACUUUCCAUUCCCUUGCCACAUCUGUUAGGAAUACAAGAAACGAGAUGCCACAAUUCCAUGUUUCAACGUUGGACGAAGGGUUGGAUGAAGGGUUGCAAGAUACAGGCAUCUCCUCGAAGCUCUCACUACCAACUUUUGGACUCGCUUCGUAUAAGUUCAAAGUUUCUGAUUGGAAUACCGAUGGAGUCAAUGAAUGCCAGAAGUUUGAUUCUCUCUUGCGAGGUGCUGACAACUGGCUUAGGCUGUUGAAAAAUAUGCAUGUUCCAAGCAUGGAAGAUGUCAAUGACUGGGUAAAUAGUGUUUCUGUAGAGGAUGAUAAUACUACUGUGGUUGAUGAUGGGGUUGUGGGACUAGAAUAA